CUCUCUCUUUCUUUUAAAACGAUGACUCAGUAUAAUAACGCCGAAGACUCAACCAUGGAGGGUUUCAUGAGUUUCUCGGACAACUCGAAGAUGUGGCCGGUAGAGACUGUCCAGAAGCGAUUACAAGCGGUGUUGGAUGGGACUCACAAGGGCUGGACCUACGCCAUUUACUGGCAGCCUUUGUUAGAUAACUUCGACGACACCGUACUCGUGUGGGGAGAUGGUGUUUACAAAGGCCAAGAAGAUAAGAGGAAAACGAUGUCGUCUCCGGCUGAGAAAGUGACAUGUGAGCUAAACCAUGAAGACAACGACAUGAUAGUGAAGGACAUAGAGUGGUUCUUCUUGAAAUCAAUGUCAUGGAGCUUUUCAAGAGGAUCCGGAUUGGUGGGUCAUGCGUUCUCCACGUCUACCCCGGUUUGGGUUUCCGGGUUGGAUCAGAUACGCAUGUCAGACAUUGAGCGAGCUAAGGCGGGAGGAGAUUUCGGAACGCAGACCAUCGCAUGUAUCCCGUUGGCUAACGGAGUCGUGGAACUUGGUUCGACGGAGCUGAUCCCACAGAGCUCAGAUCUGAUUAACAAAGUCCCAAUCCUUUUCAACUCAAACACUUUUCAUCACAGCCUGAGCCGUGACCGGGUUAACGUAGCUCCAAGCUCAAGCUCCAUGGUUUUGUCUAAGUCAAGAAAGCUGGAGAGUGGUUGUUCAAGUCCCACCAACAAGAGUUUCUCUAGCGAGGUGUCAGAGAAACUUUUAAAGAAACGAGGGAAAAAAUCGUCGAAAGGCAGGGAAGGGCCGCGAAACCACGUCGAGGCUGAGCGGCAGAGACGUAAACAACUGAACCAGCGGUUCUACGCGUUACGUGGUGUGGUUCCCAAUGUGUCCAAGAUGGACAAAGGGUCGUUGCUUAGCGACACGAUCGCUUACAUCAAAGAGCUGAAGUCCAAAGUAGAAAAAGCUGUAUAUGAGAGAAAUGAGAUCCAGAUCCAGCUCGAGGAAGUGAAACGAAAAGUUGCAUCAUCCAAGGAGACGGAGGGGAUGGAGAUCGAAGUGAAGAUAAUUGAAUGUUAUGCCAAGAUCAAGGUCAAAUCAAGCAAGCAGAAUCAUCCAGAGGCAAGAUUCAUGAAAGCGUUGAAGGAUCUGGAGCUAGAGGUGGACCAUGCAAGUAUUGUGGUGGUCGAGGAUCUUAUGGUUCAACAAGCUACGGUGAAGAUGGAUUUCAGAAUCUAUACACAAGAGCAGCUCCGGACCAUGUUGAUAUCCAAGAUAAAUUAGGGUUUUUAUCUAGGCCAGGGUUCGGA